AUGGGACAACGAUCGUGGCGCGCGAAAAGCUGGUACAUCAGCUCUCUAUUCACUGUAGCUUUGUGGACAAUGGCCUCUGCGCAGCUGAGAUAUUCUGUCACUGAAGAAGUUACAGAAGGAACCAUUGUCGGGAAUGUCGCAAAGGAUUUGGGUUUGGACAAGAGUGCGCUCAAAGACAGGAAGUAUCGCAUUGUGUCCGGUGCUGCAGAGUCGCUUUUUCACGUGGAUCAGAAAGACGGUAAUUUGUAUGUGAGCCGUAAGAUUGACCGAGAAGAGGUGUGUGAAAAGAGCACUACAUGUUUAAUAAAUCUUAAGACUGUGUUAGAAAACCCGCUGGAGGUGCAUUACGUUGGAGUGGAGGUGCAGGACAUAAACGACAAUGCGCCAAUUUUCCCUGAAUCGGAAACAACACUGGAGAUUUCAGAGUCUGUGCUCCCGGGAUUUCGGAUUCCUCUCAAAGCAGCAAGAGAUUUGGACAGUGGACCAUUUUCUAUACAGCAUUACAAACUUAGCGCAAACGAGCAUUUCCGUCUAGAUGUUAAAGACAAGGGAGACGAUGGAAAAAUACCAACAUUAAUUGUACAAAAACCGUUAGACAGAGAGACAGAGAAGCGGCAUGCUUUGGUGCUGACGGCUCUAGAUGGCGGAAAACCUCCAAAAUCUGGCAUCACUGGUAUCACCGUUAAUGUUCUUGAUGUUAACGAUAAUUUACCUAUUUUCAUGAACGGCGACUUGUCGGUGAUGCUUCAUGAAAAUGUACCAAUUGGAACAACCGUGAUACAGGUUAAUGCCACUGAUUUAGAUGAAGGUGCAAACGGAGACGUAAUUUAUUCGUUUAGUAACAGUGUAAGUCAAAGAUUACUGAAACUACUGGAGAUAAAUCCCACAAGAGGUGAGAUACUUGUAAAAGGACAAAUUGACUAUGAAGAAAAAGAUAAAUACGAAAUUGAAGUGGAGGCAUCAGAUAAAGGCGUGCCUCCGUUGGCCACACAGAAAAACGUGAUUAUAAAAAUAGUAGACGUGAAUGAUAAUGCGCCUGAGAUUGAAGUCACCUCGUUUUCCAGCUCCAUUCCUGAAGACUCUAGGCCCGGGACUACUGUGGCUCUGAUCAGUGUUAAUGACAGAGACUCUGGUCUGAACGGGAAAGUGACAUGUACAAUAGAAGGAGAUGUUCCCUUUACACUGUCUCCUUCCCUACAGGACAAAAUGUUUUCACUCGUGACUAAAUCCGCUCUGGACAGAGAGACACAGUCACAGUAUGUACUGUCCAUAGUGGCCACAGAUCACGGCCAGCCCUCACUUAAAUCUGAAAAGAAUAUUUUAAUUGUAAUUUCAGAUGUGAACGACAACAGCCCAGAGUUUGUCCUUAAACCUUAUAGUUUUUAUAUCACUGAGGGCAAUGAAGCAGGAGCACAGUUGUUUUCAGUUCAAGCUAAUGACAAAGAUGAAGGUGAAAAUGCUCAUAUUUCUUAUCAUAUUUACAGAGAUGGAAGUGCAGAAAAUAAAGUGACUUCAUUUCUUAAUAUUAAUAGUGAAAAUGGUCAAAUCACUGCUCUGAAAAGCUUUGACUUUGAGACAUUAAAGUCUUUCCAGUUUCAAGUCGUGGCCUCAGACUCUGGGACUCCGUCACUGAGCAGCAACGCGACAGUGCACGUGUUCAUCCUGGAUCAGAACGACAACGCUCCAGUCAUUCUGUAUCCAGUCAGGUCUAAUGGUUCUGCUGAAGGAGUGGAGGAGAUCCCCCGCAAUGUGAACGCGGGACACUUGGUGACUAAAGUCAGGGCCUAUGACUCUGAUAUCGGAUAUAACGGCUGGCUGCUGUUUUCACUGCAGGAAGUGACUGACCACAGUCUGUUUGGGUUGGACCGCUACACAGGACAGAUCAGGACACUUCGCUCGUUCACAGAGACAGACGAGGCCGAGCACAAACUCGUCAUACUGGUCAAAGACAAUGGCAACGUGUCCCUGUCAGCUACAGCUACUGUGCUCGUGAAAGUGGUGGAGCCCAGAGAGGCUUUUGCAGCUUCUGACGUUAAGAGCUCCUCUAAAGACUCUGAGGACACUAACGUGACUUUUUACCUGAUGAUAACUCUGGCCUCGGUCUCAGCUCUGUUCAUUCUCAGUAUCAUUGUGCUGAUUGCAAUGCAGUGCUCCAAGUCCAGCACUGACUACACCUCCAAGUACUUACAGGACACAAACUAUGACGGGACUCUGUGCCACAGCAUCCAGUACAGAUCUGGAGACAAGCGCUACAUGUUAGUUGGACCCAGAAUGAGCGUAGGAUCCACUAUAGUCCCAGGGAGCCAAGCCAACACACUGGUGCUGCCUGACAGGAGGAGGCCCUCUGAAGAGGUAAAUACAUUUUCAAUAUGCACUGAUAGUUGGGUUGAACAAUUUCAAGUCGUGGCCUCAGACUCUGGGACUCCGUCACUGAGCAGCAACGCGACAGUGCACGUGUUCAUCCUGGAUCAGAACGACAACGCUCCAGUCAUUCUGUAUCCAGUCAGGUCUAAUGGUUCUGCUGAAGGAGUGGAGGAGAUCCCCCGCAAUGUGAACGCGGGACACUUGGUGACUAAAGUCAGGGCCUAUGACUCUGAUAUCGGAUAUAACGGCUGGCUGCUGUUUUCACUGCAGGAAGUGACUGACCACAGUCUGUUUGGGUUGGACCGCUACACAGGACAGAUCAGGACACUUCGCUCGUUCACAGAGACAGACGAGGCCGAGCACAAACUCGUCAUACUGGUCAAAGACAAUGGCAACGUGUCCCUGUCAGCUACAGCUACUGUGCUCGUGAAAGUGGUGGAGCCCAGAGAGGCUUUUGCAGCUUCUGACGUUAAGAGCUCCUCUAAAGACUCUGAGGACACUAACGUGACUUUUUACCUGAUGAUAACUCUGGCCUCGGUCUCAGCUCUGUUCAUUCUCAGUAUCAUUGUGCUGAUUGCAAUGCAGUGCUCCAAGUCCAGCACUGACUACACCUCCAAGUACUUACAGGAUACAAACUAUGACGGGACUCUGUGCCACAGCAUCCAGUACAGAUCUGGAGACAAGCGCUACAUGUUAGUUGGACCCAGAAUGAGCGUAGGAUCCACUAUAGUCCCAGGGAGCCAAGCCAACACACUGGUGCUGCCUGACAGGAGGAGGCCCUCUGAGGAGACAACGAUGGGAAUUAAACGAUCUUUUCUACCAGGAAUCAGCUCGUGGAUCGCUUUGUGCUCGGCUCUACUGCUGUUUUCUGGGCAAUUCGUUUUGGCUCAGAUCAGAUACUCUGUUCCGGAGGAGGUGAGGGACGGUACUGUUGUUGGAAAUGUCGCAAAGGAUCUUGGUCUUGAUACUGCUUCUUUGGAUGAGAGACGGUUCCGUGUUGUUUCUGAGACGAAUGAGGCUAUUUUUGCUGUAAACUCUGAUAAUGGCGCUUUGUACGUCCACGGGCGCAUUGACAGAGAGCAGCUGUGUCAGGGCAGCGGUACGUGUCUGAUGGAGCUGAAGGUUCUGGUGGAAAACCCUUUGGAAGUUCACUAUGUUGUUGUAGAAAUCACCGAUGUAAACGACCACGCGCCCACCUUUCCCAAAAGAAAUGAAACCAUAGAAAUAGCGGAACAUACCUUAUCUGGAAAACGAUUUCAGCUGCACUCUGCUCAUGAUCCUGACGCAGGGAUGAACUCAGUCCGCACGUACAGUUUGUCUGCUAAUGAACAUUUUGACAUUAAUAUUCGCGAAACUAAUGGUGAAAAAAUACCAUUUCUAGUUUUGAAAAAAAUGCUGGACAGAGAAAAAAGCAGUGAACAUUCUUUAGUGGUCACAGCGGUUGAUGGAGGUAAACCCCAGAGGUCAGGCACACUUAAUGUUACCAUUAUUGUUCUUGAUAUUAAUGAUAAUAGACCAGUUUUUAGUCAAGAGAUUUAUGAAAUUACAGCGAAAGAAAAUCUACAAACAGGCACGUCAAUUUUUAAGCUCACAGCUACAGACCCAGACGAAGGAACAAACGGAGAAAUUGAUUAUAGUCUGGCAAAAAUAUUAAAGCAAAGAAUCUAUGAUAUUUUUGAAUUAGACACGAAAACAGGAGACAUUGUUGUAAAGGGGCACAUCGAUUACGAAGAAAAUGAUUUCUAUGAAUUGGAAGUGCAAGCGUCAGAUAAAGGCACACCUCCAUUAACAGGUGAAUGUAGAGUUAUUAUAAAAAUCAUAGAUGUAAAUGAUAAUUCUCCAGAAAUAGACGUGACUUCUCUGUCAAACACAGUGUCUGAAGACUCCAAACCAGGGACAGUAGUUUCUCUCAUUCGCGUCAAAGACAAAGACUCUGGUGUCAAUGGUAAAAUCAUCGCUCACAUAACAAACAACGUGCCUUUUGAACUCAAACCCUCGUAUAAAGAAAACACAUAUUCAGUUGUCACUAAGGAUUUCCUGGACAGGGAGGAGGUGUCACAUUAUGACAUAACUAUAAAAGCCACUGACUGUGGGGAGCCUCCUUUAUCCACCACUAAAACUCUGAGUAUUCAGAUAUUAGAUGUAAACGACAACAGUCCACAGUUUGAACAAAAUCCUCUGUACUUUUAUAUUGUAGAAAAUAACGUGGCAGGGACGUCACUGUUCUCUGUAACUGCAUCAGACAAAGACAAGAAUGAAAACGCAGAUAUUUCCUACAGCAUUGCGCGUGCAGGACAGGAGAAGGACGUGACGCUCUUUUUAAACGUGAACGCGGAAAAUGGUCAAAUCACUGCUCUGAAAAGCUUUGACUUUGAGACAUUAAAGUCUUUCCAGUUUCAAGUCGUGGCCUCAGACUCUGGGACUCCGUCACUGAGCAGCAACGCGACAGUGCACGUGUUCAUCCUGGAUCAGAACGACAACGCUCCAGUCAUUCUGUAUCCAGUCAGGUCUAAUGGUUCUGCUGAAGGAGUGGAGGAGAUCCCCCGCAAUGUGAACGCGGGACACUUGGUGACUAAAGUCAGGGCCUAUGACUCUGAUAUCGGAUAUAACGGCUGGCUGCUGUUUUCACUGCAGGAAGUGACUGACCACAGUCUGUUUGGGUUGGACCGCUACACAGGACAGAUCAGGACACUUCGCUCGUUCACAGAGACAGACGAGGCCGAGCACAAACUCGUCAUACUGGUCAAAGACAAUGGCAACGUGUCCCUGUCAGCUACAGCUACUGUGCUCGUGAAAGUGGUGGAGCCCAGAGAGGCUUUUGCAGCUUCUGACGUUAAGAGCUCCUCUAAAGACUCUGAGGACACUAACGUGACUUUUUACCUGAUGAUAACUCUGGCCUCGGUCUCAGCUCUGUUCAUUCUCAGUAUCAUUGUGCUGAUUGCAAUGCAGUGCUCCAAGUCCAGCACUGACUACACCUCCAAGUACUUACAGGACACAAACUAUGACGGGACUCUGUGCCACAGCAUCCAGUACAGAUCUGGAGACAAGCGCUACAUGUUAGUUGGACCCAGAAUGAGCGUAGGAUCCACUAUAGUCCCAGGGAGCCAAGCCAACACACUGGUGCUGCCUGACAGGAGGAGGCCCUCUGAAGAGGUAAAUACUUUUUUACGGUAUUAG